AUGCAGCCCCCGGGCCUCGAGGGGCUCCUGCCUGCGGGCGGCUUCGCGGGCGGCCAGCCGCGGGGGCUGCUUCCUCCUCCUCCUCCUCCUCCUCCUCCUCCUCCUCCUCCUCCUCCUGCUGCCGCCGCCGCCGCCGGGAUGAACCCCGCGUUCCCCCCGGAGCCGCCCCCGGAGCCCCCCAAGCCCCCUCCGGGCUCGGCCCCGCUGCCCUACGGCUGCUUCGGCGGCGGCUUCUACUCGUGCCGCGUGGCUCGGGGCUCGCUCAAAGGGGGUCCCGGCCCCCCCGGCCCCUUCCCCGGCACCGCCGACAAGUUCCUGGAGCCGCCCGCGGGCACCGAGGACUUCCAGAGCCGCCCCGGCGAGUUCGCCUUCUACCCGGGCUACGGAGCCGCGUACCCGCCCGUGCCCGCGUUCCUGGACGUGCCCGUGGUGCCCGCGCUGGCCGAGCCCCGGGCCGAGGCGCUGCUGGCCCCGGACGGGGGGUUCGGGGGGUGCCCCCAGCCCUGGGCGCUGGGAGGGGGCUGGGCAGGGCAGAGGUGCUGCCCCAAGGAGCAGGGCCCGGGAGGAUUCCUGCUCAAACCGCACUUCGCAGAGGCGGCGGGCCCGUGUCCCGCGGAGGGCUGCUCGCUGCGGCGCGGCCGCAAGAAGCGCGUUCCGUACAGCAAGGGGCAGCUGCGGGAGCUGGAGCAGGAGUUCGCCCGCGGCCGCUUCAUCACCCGCGAGCGGCGCCGCAAGAUCGCGGCGGCCACGCGGCUGAGCGAGCGGCAGAUCACCAUCUGGUUCCAGAACCGCCGCGUCAAGGACAAGAAGGUGCUGGCCAAGGGCAAGGCCGGCGCCGCCGCCACCCCCUGA